CCAUUUUGAAAUCGUGUUGAGUGUUGUAGUCGAAGACGCAUCGGGUAGAAUUAUAUUUUGUUUGUUAAACCUAAAGUUGUAACUAUUAAUUCAAGUAUUCCAUCAAAUUAUUAUGACCUCUACUCAAAUUAAACCUUCUAAUUUAUCCGGGCCUGCUGGUGGUCACGGCUGGCCUCGCCGUGGUGGUGGAGGACCUGCAGCUCAGACUCCGACUCAAUUCAACGAUGCAAAGUUUCCCUCACCGGUCUUAACAAUAAACAGACCCAUCAAUUUGUAUCCACUAACAAAUUACACAUUUGGAACCAAGGAACCAUUAUUUGAGAAAGAUCCAUCCGUCCCCGCUCGUUUCCAAAGGAUGCGAGAAGAGUUUGAGAAGAUUGGCAUGAGACGAAGUGUAGAAGGUGUUCUUCUGGUCCAUGAACAUGGUCUACCACAUGUCUUGCUUCUGCAGUUGGGGACGACAUUCUUUAAACUCCCUGGAGGUGAACUUAACCCUGGAGAAGAUGAAGUUGAAGGUUUAAAGAGACUUCUAACAGAGACUUUGGGAAGGCAAGAUGGUGUGAAACAAGAUUGGACUGUGGAGGACACGAUAGGCAACUGGUGGAGACCAAACUUUGAACCUCCGCAGUACCCUUACGUCCCUCCACAUAUCACCAAGCCUAAGGAGCACAAACGUCUGUUCCUAGUGCAGCUUGCGGAGAAAGUUUAUCCUGAUGACCAACUGACGCAGCAAAGUUCUGAGCAUCAUUUUCCAAGCUCAUCAUCAAAUUUAUUGUAUUAUAACCAAGCCAAGCAUAUGUGCAUCCCUUGCGGUUGAAAAGCCAAAUGUUGCUAAGGGUAUGAAACCCCAUGCAUCUUUAAUUAUGGUCAUUUGGCCUGUUUUUUUGGUCUAGACCAUAUUUUAUCUCCUGCAUUGGUUUGGAUUUAAUCAUUUCCAUACCAAUUUGAAGCUUAGCAGGGAUUACUAAUGUAUUUAUUUAUGAAGUUUACAAGAGUUUAUUUUUUAAGAUUAUUAUUUCUCUUGACAAGAACUAUAAAUCGUUCCCGUGAAUGUACAUAAUAUGUUUUCAAAGUAGGCCUACUGUAACCCUCAGGAUUGUUUAACAUGAUUUUAGGAUUUUGACUACUAUAUCCUGUCUAAAAUGUUAUUCCAACACGAUUAAUUCCACCUACAGUAACAACUCUGUACAGUACAAGAUUGAUAUUUCAGAAAGCUAUAAACUUCAUAAUCUAUGUAAAUACUGUGUGAAGAUUGAGUACUUUAUAAUUAUAGGAAAUUUGUUUUGUCAACUAGGUUUUGAGGUCGAUUUAUGUUUUUUUGUUUUGUUUAAAAUGUAUUGUUUAAUCAUAUGUAACUAUAACACUUUUGUACUGAAGGACUUGAGCAGAAGAAUGUGUAUCGUUGCAAAAUGUUAAUUAAAUACAGAAGAACACAUGCUAAUAUCAUAAAAUGUUAAAAAUUAAUUUGUUCUUAUUCUAAUCAGAUGUAUCAGUCAAAGAAUUUUUAAUUAGGGAAAAUGUUAUUAUGUUAAAAAUUAGGCUUUAAAAGUUUAUCAAGUUUACAUCCAUGACAGUAGUUUUAGCCUUGUGCCUUGUAAUAGUUAAAAGCUGUGUUACAUGCAUUGUUAAUGUUAACACAUUAAAUGAUUUUGGCUACACUUUAAGUCUGGAUUUCCAAUUAAAAUACUUCCAUGUUUCUAAUGUACAAUGUUGUUAAAAUAAUGUACUUUGUAUUUUUAUUAUUUUCCAAAUGUUUAAGCUUCAUUUCCAAAUAGUAAAUGAGUAAGGUGAUGCACAUAUACUUGGUUCGGUUACUGAUGAAGAUUUGUUAUUAUUGGCAUCUUACUUUGCGGAAGACUUCAGGAGAUCAAUUGUUUCUGCAGUUUUAAAGUUUUUUGUCAGUAGCUUAUUUGUUGUUUGUGUAUACAUUUACGCAAUAUAAUAAUGCAUUGGAAUACUGUGUGUAGGCCUAUAUAAUAGGGAUGAGCGAGAUUGUUUUAAUUUAAUGAUCACUAGGCGAUUGGUUUUGUCCCGAGAAUGUUUAGUUAACUUAUGACUUGAAACUUGACCCGCCUUCCCUUGAUCGUGGUCUUUAAAUAGAAAUGAUCCUGGAUGUAAGUAACAAAGCUCUCAACCAAAAUAUACUCAUAAAUUAAACCCGAUUUACCUAAAAAGAAGAGGGGGGGGCGAGGUUGUUUAAGGUUAUUUCAGUUCAAAGAGAUCUACAAUAAGUUAGUAGUUUUUACAUUAUUUUAAUCAAGUUAUAAGAUCUGUGUCGUCAUGCUACUCUUUACAAUAUCAUUGGCCAAGUUGGGCCAACUCACGCCUCGGUGGACAGUUGCCACUGCUUAGUUGUUUUUCAAUUGAUUUGCAUUUUCUAUCAGUAGUUAUUGUCUAAAAUUGUGCGCUCGAAAGGGGUUUUACAGUAUUUUUUUUUUACAAGAACGAACUCAAAAGUAAUAUAAACUGUUGAAAGAGGUUUUAAGUUAAAGUGGUAGAUAGAAAGGUUACAUCUCAAUGUUAAAUCAAGCACCAUAUUAGUUAGUUUGUUAUACAGAUAAACCCGAGUUGUUAAAUGUUCCUUGGUAGAAUUUUUACAAAAUCAAUUUGUCUUUUAAAAACCCAUGGAUUAAUUUUAAACCAAAUGUUAUUGUAAUCAAUGUUUUCUUGAAUGCUAUAUGUGGCCAGCUAAACAGUUCCUCGUGGGUUGAACCACCGAUUCUGCCUAACCAACUCCUUCUCGCACAACCCUAUUAUAUAAGCAGAUUUCUAUAUUUGUAUCAAUGUUCGCUUUCAACAACCUCCUGCAUACUGAUAUCAGUUAUUUAUGAAUUUUUGCAAAUCCUAGUUUUUCUGUUAAAUUUGUUCCAUUUCUCUAUUGUCCUUAUUAUUUGUUUUCCCCCUUGUGCCUAUAUGAUGGUGUGUCUACACAAAAUGUUAUCAUAAUUUUUUUAUGUAUUAAAUAUAACAGGCACUAUUUGCAUGGAUAUUUUCCGUCUUUACAGUGAUUAAUGUGUUGUAGUUCAUAGUAUCAGUUGUAUCGACACUCAUUGUAUAUUCAAACUGAGGACACAGCAAAAUAUCUUUUAUACAGUUUACCUAAUUUACUAAUAUUUUUGUUAGAAAAUAAUUAUAUUUCUAGCUUAUACCGUCAUUUGAGUAUUUAUAAGAAUUUUUAUACCAGGGUUGUCGGUUAGAACGCAUUAUAAUGUGGUGUGUAAACAAUGACAGAAUUAAAGCAACAUUACAAUAAAUAUUGUUUCCGUCUAAAGCAAGAAGCGCUAGCGUUAUUUAAAUGAGCCCCAACAGCUGUAGUCUUUGGUUUAUUUGAAACAUAGGCUGCUGUUAUAACAAUAGUCUGUGCUGUUGUGUACCUAUUUUCUUUUUCUUAUUGUCACAACCUGAAUGGAUA